GGAGAAUUUCAAAUUCGAACGGCCUUGGCGGGCCGAGGAAGGACCUGGUGUUUUGAUGACUGCUGUCCUGUCUAGCAGAUACUUGCACGGUUUACAGAAAUUCGGUCCCUGGGUCGUGUCAGGAAACUGGAAAAAAGGUCAUAAGCAUGAAGCGCAGUUCAGUUUCCAGCGGUGGUGCUGGCCGCCUCUCCAUGCAGGAGUUAAGAUCCCAGGAUGUAAAUAAACAAGGCCUCUAUACCCCUCAAACGUGAGUAUUUCCCUUGUGGUUCUAAUUUGCAUGCUUUAUCAUCUUAGGCAAAGAAAUCAUAAAAAAUAGUUAAUAUAAAGAUGUAAUAUGAGUGAUGUCUUGGUGAAUCUUGUCUGUUCCCAGGGGUACCUAAUUUUGGAUCAAUGAAAUCUAAAAGUGGGCAUGAUACUCUGCAAAGAGAAACCAACCUUUGGAAAAUUGAGUAUAAACAAACCGACAUCUGAAAGAAAAGUCUCGCUAUUUGGCAAAAGAACUAGUGGACAUGGAUCCCGGAAUAGUCAACUUGGUAUAUUUUCCAGUUCUGAGAAAAUCAAGGACCCGAGACCACUUAAUGACAAAGCAUUCAUUCAGCAGUGUAUUCGACAACUCUGUGAGUUUCUUACAGAAAAUGGUUAUGCACAUAAUGUGUCCAUGAAAUCUCUACAAGCUCCCUCUGUUAAAGACUUCCUGAAGAUCUUCACAUUUCUUUAUGGCUUCCUGUGCCCCUCAUACGAACUUCCUGACACAAAGUUUGAAGAAGAGGUUCCAAGAAUCUUUAAAGACCUUGGGUAUCCUUUUGCACUAUCCAAAAGCUCCAUGUACACAGUGGGGGCUCCUCAUACAUGGCCUCACAUUGUGGCAGCCUUAGUUUGGCUAAUAGACUGCAUCAAGAUACAUACUGCCAUGAAAGAAAGCUCACCUUUAUUUGAUGAUGGGCAGCCUUGGGGAGAAGAAACUGAAGAUGGAAUUAUGCAUAAUAAGUUGUUUUUGGACUACACCAUAAAAUGCUAUGAGAGUUUUAUGAGUGGUGCCGACAGCUUUGAUGAGAUGAAUGCAGAGCUGCAGUCAAAACUGAAGGAUUUAUUUAAUGUGGAUGCUUUUAAGCUGGAAUCAUUAGAAGCAAAAAACAGAGCGUUGAAUGAACAGAUUGCAAGAUUGGAACAAGAAAGAGAAAAAGAACCGAAUCGUCUAGAGUCGUUGAGAAAACUGAAGGCUUCCUUACAAGGAGAUGUUCAAAAGUAUCAGGCAUACAUGAGCAAUUUGGAGUCUCAUUCAGCCAUUCUUGACCAGAAAUUAAAUGGUCUCAAUGAGGAAAUUGCUAGAGUAGAACUAGAAUAUGAAACAAUAAAACAGGAGAACACUCGACUACAGAAUAUCAUUGACAACCAGAAGUACUCAGUUGCAGACAUUGAGCGAAUAAAUCAUGAAAGAAAUGAAUUGCAGCAGACUAUUAAUAAAUUAACCAAGGACCUGGAAGCUGAACAACAGAAGUUGUGGAAUGAGGAGUUAAAAUAUGCCAGAGGCAAAGAAGCGAUUGAAACACAAUUAGCAGAGUAUCACAAAUUGGCUAGAAAAUUAAAACUUAUUCCUAAAGGUGCUGAGAAUUCCAAAGGUUAUGACUUUGAAAUUAAGUUUAAUCCCGAGGCUGGUGCCAACUGCCUUGUCAAAUACAGGGCUCAAGUUUAUGUACCUCUUAAGGAACUCCUGAAUGAAACUGAAGAAGAAAUUAAUAAAGCCCUAAAUAAAAAAAUGGGUUUGGAGGAUACUUUAGAACAAUUGAAUGCAAUGAUAACAGAAAGCAAGAGAAGUGUGAGAACUCUGAAAGAAGAAGUUCAAAAGCUGGAUGAUCUUUACCAACAAAAAAUUAAGGAAGCAGAGGAAGAGGAUGAAAAAUGUGCCAGUGAGCUUGAGUCCUUGGAGAAACACAAGCACCUGCUAGAAAGUACUGUUAACCAGGGGCUCAGUGAAGCUAUGAAUGAAUUAGAUGCUGUUCAGCGGGAAUACCAACUAGUUGUGCAAACCACAACUGAAGAAAGACGAAAAGUGGGAAAUAACUUGCAACGUCUGUUAGAGAUGGUUGCUACACAUGUUGGGUCUGUAGAGAAACAUCUUGAGGAGCAGAUUGCUAAAGUUGAUAGAGAAUAUGAAGAAUGCAUGUCAGAAGAUCUCUUGGAAAAUAUUAAAGAGAUUAGAGAUAAGUAUGAGAAGAAAGCUACUCUAAUUAAGUCUUCUGAAGAAUGAAGAUAAAAUGUUGAUCAUGUAUAUAUAUCCAUAGUGAAUAAAAUUGUCUCAGUAAAGUGUA